ACAAGAUAACCAGUAUCAGUCUGGAGUUCUCCUACUUGGUGCAGUUACAUGUUGUAACGGUCAAGCCCACUAUUAAACUUCCUCCUCAAGUUCCAAUCAAUCCUAACAGUUCAGCCAGCAAGCUGCUCGACAGUGAUCAUAUCCUGACAGAAUUGUACCCUGAAGACCACGGAGAUUCAAGCCCCAACACGGCGAACAUCUACCAGCUCAAACAGGUGGGUAUCGACAGUUUCAAUUCAGCGCAGCUGGGACUAGCAUACGUUUGGGCGCAGCGCAUGGCUGGUCUCAACUUUGCCUUAAGUACUGGAGGGGAGAGGUCUGUGGCGCCCAGCCAGCAGGUCAGCCAACUGUUUUUACCAGAAGCUAUAAAGGCUAUCAAGCGUCGGCUGCAAGCCCGAAUUUCCCUCUGUAUCCAGCUGCAGGCGUUAGAGGGUGGGAAACUCCCGAACAUCCCCGAGGUGAGGUCGUGUUUCCCCCAGAAGCUGCUAACGGAGUUAACCCACUGGAGUGGACUGAGCUGGACUGCUUACCAAGCAUUGGGCUUCACACAGCAGCAGAUCACCAGGUGCUGUGUCUCAGAACGGGACAGGUUUUACAAGGGCACCCUCACCAGAGACAAUGCUCGUCUGACUAUGGCCGUUGCCAUCAAGAACAGCUAUCCACAGUUGCCACCCGUGUUCUCAUUACAAGCUGCCUAUGAGAACAGGACCAUCCAGGCUACAAAUAAUGAUUCUAUUCGGGAUAUAGAGCGUGAGGUUAAUGGCUACUUCAUAGAGCUUAUAAAGAAGACAAAGUCAGGACACAAUCUGCUCACUGCGCAGAUUUUGCGUCUAAUUACAAACUUUGACAUUCUCCUGGAAGCUUCUUCCAAUCAGGAUUUUCCAAGAGACAAGAUAUUUGUCCAGUCCAACAGGUAAAUGACUGACAGGCUA